AAGAGACGAGGAAGAGGAGGAGGAGCCGCCGCAAGAUGAAGGAUCGGACCCAGGAGCUGCGGAGUGCGAAAGACAGUGAUGAUGAAGAGGAGGUGGUACAUGUGGACCGGGAUCAUUUCAUGGAUGAGUUCUUUGAACAGGUAGAAGAGAUCCGAGGCUGUAUUGAGAAGCUGUCUGAGGAUGUGGAGCAGGUGAAGAAACAGCACAGUGCCAUCUUAGCUGCCCCCAACCCCGAUGAAAAGACCAAACAGGAACUGGAAGACCUGACUGCAGACAUUAAGAAGACGGCCAACAAGGUUCGAUCCAAGUUGAAAGCGAUCGAACAAAGUAUUGAGCAGGAGGAAGGACUCAACCGCUCUUCGGCUGACCUUCGUAUCCGAAAGACCCAGCACUCCACACUGUCCCGGAAGUUCGUGGAGGUGAUGACUGAAUAUAACGCAACGCAGUCCAAGUACCGAGACCGAUGCAAGGACCGGAUCCAACGACAACUCGAGAUCACUGGAAGGACCACAACUAACGAGGAACUGGAGGACAUGCUAGAGAGUGGAAAGCUGGCCAUCUUUACGGAUGAUAUCAAGAUGGACUCACAGAUGACCAAGCAGGCUCUGAAUGAGAUCGAGACAAGGCACAACGAGAUCAUCAAGCUGGAGACCAGCAUCCGGGAGCUGCAUGACAUGUUUGUAGACAUGGCCAUGCUUGUGGAAAGCCAGGUAGAGUUGUGUGACUCCAGUCUGUUGGCCCUCUCCAGACCUUUCCCCUGCUACCUUUGGCACUGGACCACUUGGAGCCACACGGGGCCCUUAUUUCUGCAGGGGGAGAUGAUUGACCGAAUUGAGUAUAACGUGGAGCACUCUGUGGACUACGUGGAGCGGGCUGUGUCCGACACCAAGAAAGCCGUGAAAUAUCAGAGCAAGGCCCGGAGGGGGAGAGGGUCGGGCUGGAGCCGGGCCAGGACUGGGUGGGAGGGAAGGAAGGGAAGGAAGCUGGGGAUUGAGAGGCAGAAGGCUGGGGUUGAGGGCAAGAAGUAUGAGAAGAAAAUCAUGAUCAUCAUCUGCUGUGUGGUGCUGGGGGUGGUGCUUGCAUCGUCCAUCGGGGGGACGCUGGGCUUGUAG